CGCGCGCGCGAAGCACUCGCGUACUAGAAGUGAACCGCUUCCUCUAGUUCGAAAUCCGAAUAUAGGACUCGAAGACUUCGCUUAGUUGUACCAAGUGCGGGAGCCGCGGACUCUUGGAUUAUACCCAUACGAUAGUUUAUUAUAUUCGAGAUGCCGUUGUUGUACUUGCCCGAGAGAGUGGACAUGGCGCUGUCGAUCCAGUAGUUCCCAGGAGUCUGUGCUGCCGAUGCGAGAUGAGGGAAGUCACUUGGAUGCUAUUUUUGAUUCUUCCGUUGGUGAUUGUGACUCCGCGACCAGUGCAAGACCACAAUGGAGAAGAGGAAAAAGUCGAUCUCAACCCUCCCAGCGAGCUCGACCACGGCGAAGAUGAAGUGAUAUCCGUGAGCAUCACGUCCUCCGUCGCGGUCGGCAGGGGCAGGAGCAAGCCGAGGGAGAUCCUGGAACCGGACGACGAUCUGAUCGCCCACGAGUCCGCUUCAGUGACUCCCGCCAUAGCAACCAUCGAAACCACCACUCCCAGCAACGAAACUCACGAAGAACCAGCACCCACCUUAGCUGGCGCCAAUAUAGAGUUCAUCAAACAACUUCAUUCGAAAAAAGAAGCUCGAGGAACCCAUCAUCUAGAACAAGUUCACCCAUUCCAGUUGCAGAUCAAACAUCACACCACGAACGACUCCGACGCACACACGAGUCACGCAGAAGUAAAAGAAAUCACAGACACUCACGAAGACAUUGCAAAUAUACCAUUAGGUAGAUCAGUAGCUCUCUCGCCACCCUCGCAAAACUAUAUCCAAGGUCUAUCACUCGGUGAAAGGGGGCAGGGUCCGAGAUUGACAACUGUUAGUUUUAAUAUACUACACAACACGCCCAAACCGAUGUCUAAUUAUAACGAGCGCAAACCGACCCCGGCGUUUCCGGAGCGGCCUGUAUACAGCGAGCAACCGAAAAUAUACAGCCAGCCGGCGCAGGUGUACAGCGAACCCGCCAAGUUUUACAGCGAACCGGCAAAGAUUUACAGUGAGCCGGCGAAAGUUUACAGCGAGCCAGCAAAAGUAUACAGCGAACCGGCGAAGAUAUACAGUGAACCCGCCAAGUUCUACAGUCCCCACGCCUCGCUGAAUCUGCCGCCGCAGGAAGCGCCGGUCCCUACACCGUGGCAGGAAACACAAACGUUCCCGUCCACAGUCGUAGAUGCCGCGACGAGCACAACGACCGCACAGCCGGAGCACGGGCCGGAGAAGAACUACGAAGUGGACGAGAAGGACAGCGUGCUGACGGACGGUCAAGCGCACGGGGUGCAAGAGGGCGGUCAGGAGUGCAAGGACGACAGCUGCAAGGUGGGGUACGUGGUGGAGGGGCGGCAGUACCGCAAGUACCGCGUGGAGGAGCGCACGGCGGACGGGUUCAUCGUGGGCGAGUACGGCGUGGUGCGCAACGAGGACGGCGCGCUGCGCGGCGUGCGCUACACCGCCGACGGCGACGCCAGCCCCCGCCUCAUCUACGACGCGCUCAUGAAGUUCCUGCAGCUCUGAACACGCAUUACGACACAUACAUACGUAUUACUCGACCAAUUCAAAUAUACUGUGUGCCGCUGUUCUGUCUUGAACAUUCUUUGUGAAACGAUUAAAAAGUCAGUUAUCCAAAAGUAGUAGGAACUUAAUCAUAAUAAUCAUUAGUGGAAAAAAACCGUCUUUGCUCAAACAAAACGCUUCUAUAAAUUAUUAAGACUGACCCCCAUUUAUGAGUUUUAUAUCCGCUGUUUUGCACACAUGAUGAAUAAAAUGACCCUUUGCAGACUUCGAGGUUCUAGUGAUGGAAAAAUAGUUCCAACUUAUAAAAGUCAAUCUAGUUUUUUUUUAUACAUGGAAUGUACAUUGUAUUGAACAUAAGGCCUUAUGAGGAACUCGAUAUCGUCCACAUUCAGGAGGUAAUAGCUGUUUUAUCAGUGAGCAUGUAGCGUAUUUAUUUCACAUUAGGCAGUUAGGUAUUGGCAUUUGUAAAGCAAUAUUACGUAGUUCGCCUUGUUUAUAACGUUCAUUGAUUUGAUUUAAAAAUUGCACAAACAUUCUCUCUCAUAACUAUGUAAAACUGUUAUGUGAGCAUACGUUAUAAGAAUUGUGCCAUUUUUUAAAUAAAUAGAUAUUUAAGUAAAUAAUAAAUAGACAACAUUUCACAUGUUUAUAGAAUAUAAUGUAACUUAUUAGUGAAAUCAUACCUAACAUUCAGUCGAUUAUGAUUUGUCAUGAAACUUCAUUUUUUAAUGUCACUGCCUUAGACUAAGAUAGCCGUAAGUAGGUAUCUGUGCUAGAAAUUGUGAUCAAGCAGGCAAGUACGGUCGUCCGAUAAAUGAUAAAACAUGUGGCCGUCCCUAUCGUCCCAGAUGUUUUAUCACUUAUUGCGCGACCAUGCUUGCCUGCCAGAUCAAGGAAGCGAUCAAAUUUAAAUGUAUCUUUCUUUUUUCUUCCCUAAACACACUGAUAAAAUAAGUAGGUAGUUUAAGUACAGUCAAACGAAACCAAUAAAUAUGAAAGAACGA